GGAAGGAGGAGGAGGAAGAGGGAGCCCGCCCCCCCCCCGUGUGUCCGUUACAGGCACACUAGCCCGUUUCUACAUGGUAUGAAAUUACAUGUGUCCUCCUAGGUAUGAAUGAAGUGUCCUGGCAGGAGACCAGAGGAAUGAUGCAUGUGAACAUUGGUCAGGAAACCAGAGGGGUUGAACAAGGGGUUACCUCAGCUGGAACAGUAGGUGGAACAACUUCAGGGCCCAAUUCAGGUGGAACCAAUCCUCACUCCAUCCCUACAUCUGCAGUGUCAGGUGCUUCCAGUGUCCAGGUACCCUUCAGUGGAUGGUCUCAGGAUGAUGCCACAGUUGGAUAUGUCUUCCAGAGGCAGGCUGGUGAGCAACUGAGUGGCUACUUCAGUAAGCACCGUCGGCCCACAGGAGAUAGCAUUCAUGUAGACCAUUCGGUUCGCUCUGUGGAUGAAAUGAAUCAUGAGUUUCAAGCUCUUGCACUAGAAUCUCGGGGAAUGGGAGAGCUGCUACCUGCCAAAAAAUUUUGGGAACCAGAUGAUCCAGCAAAGGAUGGACAAAAAGGCAUAUUCCUUGGUGAUGAAUGGAGAGAAACUGCCUGGGGAGCACCUCACCACUCUAUGUCUCAGCCUAUUAUGGUUCAGAGAAAGCCUGGACAUGUUUUUCAUGGAAACAGUGAAGUGAAUGCUGUCUUAUCUCCUCGAUCAGAGAGUGGUGGCCUUGGCGUGAGCAUGGUAGAAUAUGUGUUAAGUUCUUCUCCAGCGGAUAAAUUGGACUCCCGAUUUAGAAAAGGAGCUUUUGGCACUAGAGAAGCUGAAACAGAUGGACCUGAGAAAGGAGACCAGAAAGGCAAGGCUUCUCCAUUUGAGGAGGACAAAAACAGAGAUCUUAAACAAGGAGAUGAUGAUGAUGAUGUUACUAAAAUAAAUGGCAGAGGUUUGCCAAAUGGAAUGGAUGCUGACUGCAAAGAUUUUAACAGUCGUACUCCUGGAAGUCGGCAAGCCUCCCCAACUGAAGUAACUGAGCGUCUGGGGCCGAACCCAAGCGCUGCUGAAGGAUUGGCUUCCCUUCCUACUCCUGCAACCCACAAGCCACUGGUGGAAGAAUUUUCAAACUCUGAAUCUCAGAAUUUGGAUGCUAUGGAACAAGUGGGUCUUGAUUCUCUGCAGUUUGAUUAUCCUGGAAAUCAGGUACAAAUGGACUCUUCAGGAGCUACUGUGGGACUCUUUGAUUACAAUUCACAGCAGCAGCUUUUUCAGAGGACUAACCCUCUCACUGUCCAGCAGUUAACAGCAGCUCAGCAGCAACAAUACGCAUUGGCAGCGGCACAGCAACCACACAUAGGUGUAUUUUCGGCAGGCUUGGCUCCAGCUGCUUUUGUGCCAAACCCAUACAUUAUCAGUGCUGCUCCACCGGGUGCUGACCCAUACACGGCAGCAGGCUUAGCUGCAGCAGCUACAUUAGCAGGGCCAGCAGUGGUCCCUCCUCAGUAUUAUGGAGUUCCUUGGGGAGUGUAUCCAGCCAACUUGUUUCAGCAGCAAGCAGCAGCUGCAGCAAACAACACAGCCAAUCAACAGGCUGCGUCACAGGCACAGCAAGGCCAGCAACAGGUUCUUCGUACUGGAGGAAGUCAACGUCCUCUAACUCCCAAUCAGGGUCAGCAAGGGCAGCAGGCAGAUUCACUUGCAGCAGCUGCGGCAGCAAAUCCAACUUUGGCUUUUGGUCAGGGUCUUGCCACAGGCAUGCCAGGUUGCCCUUACUGCCUCAGUUUUCGAACAUUUCGGAAGCCGAACGAUCUUCCGGAAUGGAUUGUGUUCGAAAACCGAGGCUAUCAAGUCUUAGCCCCCACUGCCUAUUACGAUCAGACUGGUGCAUUGGUAGUGGGUCCUGGGGCCAGAACUGGACUUGGAGGACCUGUCAGAUUGGUGGCUUCAACACCUGUCAUCAUCAGUUCUGCAGCUGCACAAGCAGCAGCAGCAGCUUCAGCUGGAGGAACAGCAAACAACCUCACAGCAGCCACAAACGGGCUUUUCCGGCCCCUUGGUGCCCAGCCGCAGCCGCCGCAGCAGCAAACAAACAGUAGCCUACAGUCCAAUUCAUUUUAUGGCAACAGUACUUUGACCAAUAACUCCCAGAGCAGUUCACUCUUUUCGCAUGGUCCUGGCCAACCAGGAAGCACAUCCCUUGGCUUUGGAAGCAGCAGCUCCUUAGGAGCUGCCAUUGGCUCGGCACUUGGUGGAUUUGGCGCAUCUAUUGGCAGUUCUGCAAGUAGUAGUGCCACAAGGAGAGAGUCUCUAUCUACUAGCUCUGACUUGUACAAAAGAUCUAGUAGCAGCCUAGCACCCAUAGGGCAGCCAUUUUACAAUAGUCUGGGAUUUUCCUCCUCUCCAAGCCCAAUAGGCAUGCCUCUGCCAAGCCAAACUCCUGGACAUUCACUUACGCCUCCGCCUUCACUUUCAUCACAUGGAUCCUCAUCCAGUUUGCAUUUAGGAGGACUGACCAACGGUAGUGGUCGCUAUAUCUCUGCAGCCCCUGGAGCAGAAGCAAAGUAUCGCAGUGCAGCAAACACCUCCAGUCUUUUUAGCUCCAGCAGCCAGUUGUUUCCUCCUUCGCGCCUCCGUUACAGUCGGUCUGACAUUAUGCCUUCUGGACGUAGUAGGUUACUGGAAGAUUUCCGAAACAAUCGCUUCCCUAACCUUCAACUAAGAGACCUAGUUGGACACAUAGUUGAGUUUUCACGGGACCAGCAUGGCUCUAGAUUUAUACAGCAGAAAUUAGAAAGAGCCACUCCAGCUGAACGUCAAAUGGUAUUUAGUGAGAUUCUGCAAGCAGCAUAUCAGCUGAUGACGGAUGUGUUUGGCAACUAUGUCAUACAGAAAUUCUUUGAGUUUGGAAGCAUAGACCAGAAGUUAGCCCUUGCUACGCGCAUUCGUGGGCAUGUUCUCCCAUUAGCUCUGCAGAUGUACGGUUGCCGUGUUAUUCAGAAAGCCCUCGAGUCUAUCUCACCUGACCAGCAGGUAAUUAAUGAAAUGGUGAAGGAGCUCGAUGGGCAUGUCCUGAAAUGCGUGAAGGAUCAAAAUGGAAACCACGUGGUACAAAAAUGUAUAGAAUGUGUCCAGCCCCAGUCACUCCAAUUUAUUAUUGAUGCUUUCAAAGGACAGGUGUUUGUGCUUUCAACUCAUCCUUAUGGCUGCAGAGUAAUUCAACGUAUUCUGGAGCACUGCACCGCUGAACAGACACUUCCCAUUUUAGAAGAACUGCAUCAGCACACAGAACAGCUUGUGCAGGAUCAAUAUGGAAACUAUGUUAUUCAACAUGUGCUGGAACAUGGACGUCCUGAAGACAAGAGUAAAAUUGUGUCUGAAAUCAGAGGGAAGGUUCUAACUCUGAGUCAGCAUAAAUUUGCCAGCAAUGUGGUAGAAAAAUGUGUCACUCACGCAUCUCGUGCGGAAAGAGCUUUACUUAUUGAUGAGGUGUGUUGCCAGAAUGACGGUCCUCACAGUGCCUUAUACACCAUGAUGAAGGACCAAUAUGCAAACUACGUUGUUCAGAAGAUGAUUGACAUGGCUGAACCUGCUCAGCGAAAGAUUAUAAUGCACAAGAUUCGCCCCCAUAUUACCACCCUGCGCAAAUACACCUACGGCAAACAUAUCCUUGCCAAGCUGGAAAAGUAUUACCUGAAAAACAGUGCUGACCUGGGCCCAGUUGGAGGGCCACCUAAUGGAAUGCUUUAAGGACACAUUCAGAAAAUCUUGAAGAUGAAUUUUAUUGUGAAUUAUCAAAACAUACAACUUAACUCAAAACGUUGUGAUUUUUUUUAUAUAAAAAAACCCCUAUUUAUUGACUCUUCAUGCAUUUGUAAAAUUUUUUAUUCAUGUGUAUAUUUUUGGGGAAUGAAUUGCAACAUAUUGCCAUUUCUUAUCAGAGACCUAUCAGAUUGUGUGGCUCACAAAGCACAGAAUGCCUGUAAAUGAUGUAACUAUCCGAAUAGCUCUCACAUUUUGUAAAUUUUUACCUUGUAAAGUCAUUGAAUAAAAUAGUUUUUAAAGGGAAAAAAAGUACAGUAUUCUUUUAAUAUACUGGCUCACAAUCUGGUAGGUCUCCCCAACAUCACAGCACAUGUUUAUAUAGUUGUAUAUAGAAAUUAGUUUAAUUUCUCCCCCCACCCCUUUGUGCGGAAUCCUUUUUUUAUAACAGAUGAAAAUAGAUGAUUGCAUAAUUAUUAUUUAACAUAUUACAGAAAGUUAAGUUCUGUAUUUUGGUGGUUCACAAUUUUAUAAUCCAAAUAGCAAUCAGGGCACUGAAGAAUACCAGUAAGGAAUGAUAAAAUGUGAACAUUGAGGAAUAGUUUCUACCUUUUUACUUUGGAAACAAUUGUUUUUUCUUUUAAUGUAAUGUGCCCUUUUCUCUAGCAGUGUAUAAAAGCCAUGUAUAUACUUAAAUAUUUAAUUGAUGUGCAAGAUAGGGGAAUAAAAAUCAAGGUGGUACUUUGGUCCAGCAACGUACUGUCUGGGAAAAGAGUAAACCUGCAUUAAAAUAAUAGGCAGUCAGUGGGCAUAAGGUGUGUGCUUUGCUUUGCAUAUACAGGAUUUGAAAGUGUUGAUAGGCUUUGUGUUCUCACAGGUAGCUGCAAAGGGUAGGCAGUUAAUGGUGGAGGAAAGGCCUACUGAGACUUUGAUAGCUCAACAUCUAAAGCAUGAUUAAAUAUUCAAAUAACUUUUUGCUUCCUUAUAAAUAUAAGCAUUAUAUAAGUAUAGUUAAUAGAUGUAAGUUUACCGUUUGUAAGCAGAUUUCUUGUUUUCAAUGUUUUACAAGCCUUGCUAAUUGAGUAGUGACGCUUACUUUGGUUGUACAGAUGUACAUUUGUAAACCUCCAUGCUGUAAAUGUAAUUUGUUUUACCCCUUUUGGGAAGAAAAUUUGCAUUUUAGUGUAUAUUCAUACCCCUGUCCCUUUUUUGCCCUGACAUAGUGUUGUAUAAUGUAAAUUUAUUUCAGCAAAUCAAGACUGAUUUUUUAAAAGAUUCUAUCUUUAUAUGGUUUCAGAACUACGAACCAGCUUUCUUUUAUCUAUUAUGAGGAAAUGUUUUUGUUUAACAUAGUUGUUCUGUUAAUAUGGAUAUUUGGGGAACUUAAUCAGUUUAAACAUUAAUGAGAAUAAAGGCAAAUUAAUGGACUGAAAUACUGACCACACAAACCAGUGCUUCUUCCAUCUUAAAUGUGGCACGAUUUGUUUUUGUACAGAAGAGUACUGUAUUUUUGGACAGCUUACUUCAUCUUAAAGCAAAUAUGUAUGAUACUGUCAAUUUUUCUCUGAACAAGACACUGUAACAGUAAGAUAAAAGCUGUACAUUUACAAGCGGCCUUAUGUACAUUUCCCAGUUUCCUUUUUAAGGCAGAAUUGUGACCAUAUGUGUAUAAUUAAAAUCCUUUUUAAUCCUU